AUGAAUAUUGAACCUCCAACAGUACAAAGACACCGUCCCUUACGCAGUAGAAGGGGGGUAUUUUCCAGAACCUUUCUGCUAUUAGCGUUAGCUUUGAUAUGUCAAGUUGAUGGACAAGAAAAUGCUACCACCGACAUGGAUCUAGAACCUCUAUUGGAAGAGCUUGAAGAGGAAAUUCUUGGGGGGUCGGCAGUUAUUGUGGACAGAAAUGAUACUGGGCCCACAGUACCCAUUCCAAUUUUGCCACCGGAAAUGGAAACAGAGGCGCCAUCAACUGUCCCAGCAACUAGUGCACCCACCUCGGCAGUAGCCCUACCGGUGCCAUCGCCUACUGAUAUGCCAACCGUUCUUAGUACUCCUGCUGAAUCCACAGACUCUCCAACCAUGGGUACCGUCGAGCCUACUGGGCCAGCUAUUGUCCCAACAACCCCAGAGCCAGUCACCGCAGAACCAACCACUACCUCUCCGACCUUCGUCCCUACCAAUGCUGCUGUAACCCCAGGCCCAACUGAUACUGCCACUACUGCUCCCACAACCGAAGUACCCGUCACUUCUGCUCCGACUACAGCAGUCCCUGAAACCGCGGAUCCCACCAGUGCAGCUACAACUGUUGCUCCCACUACGCAAGUUCCGGCUACUUCCGCUCCUACCACACCUGUCCCUGAUACUUCAGCUCCAACCAAUGCUGCUACAACUGUGUCUCCCGUCACUCAGGUUCCCGCAACCCCAGUUCCAACCACACCAGCUCCAACUAAUACCACUACCCCGGCUCCUACUGAUCCAUCGACCACAGCACCCUCUGUAUCUCCCUCCAUGAUGGCAACGACCAACGUACCAACUGCAGCUCCUUCCAUGGUCUCGGAAACUGGAUCGCCUACCUUCAAUGUUACUGCCGGUCCUGGUACUCCAAUGCCGACCAGUAUGGAAACUACGGCAUCUCCCACCACGAAAUCUUCCGACGGAGGUCCUACUUCUGCCCCUUCCAUGGCAACGCCUUCACCGACCACACCUGCCAUUACUGGCACUCUCCAAAAUUUGGAAAUGACAUUGGAAGGAUUGAAUCAGUUGAUGAGCCCAGAGGCACAAAUCGAUUGGAAAGUCACCACGGAGGAUCAUGUCGAAAACUAUUUUUCACAGAAUCCUGGAUUGGAUAUCACCAAUGUCGUGACCACCAUUUCCGAUAUUGAACAAACUGUCAUUACGCCCAGUCGAUGGCUGCGUCGCCUGCAAACGGCAAGUGUCAAAGUGCAAUACACGCAGGAAAUCAGCUACCAAACACAAAAUGCUGAUCGAGAUACCCCCGCAACCAUUGUCACGGCGCCAUUCGAAAACACGCAGGACCAAGAGGCAUAUCUAGAAGCACUCAGCGAAAGCAACAAUGAGUUUGAGGAUGUGACGGGAGUGUCUCCAGUGACACAGGGCACUGGUGGUGGCGGCGGCGGCGGAGAAAAUCCAGCGGUGCCCCCGGCAGAAGAGAGUGGUGGAUUGAGUACAGGGGCUCUCAUUGGUAUUGUGUGUGGAUGCGUCGUGGGGGUUCUUGUCAUUUUGGGUGUGUUGUACUUUGUGUCCCAACGUGGUGACGAUGGCGGUUACGUUUCGACUGGCAAAACACCACCUUCCCAAUUGGAUGUUGGCGGUGGUCUGGGCGACGAAGUUAGUACACUGGCGGAACCUCACACAAACAACCGUCCGAAUGGAGUCAGCACUGCCAUGUCGGGUGAGUCGAUUCAGGGUUACGGUGAUCAAAGUGUGGCGACUGUGGACUACGAUUACUCCAAGGCAUACGGCGGUGGUGGCGACACUUCGGUAUCAUCAGCAGGUGGCACAUUUGGAUCGCAAACGCACACCAAUGCUGCUGGUGGCGCGACAUUAGGCUCUACCAAUGGCGGUCCUUUGGAUUCGGGCUACGCAGAAGCUGCUAGAGGUCAAAAUGCGAAUGUUCGAGAAGAGUUGGUUGACAUUUAUGCUCCUCCAGGGAAGCUGGGUGUUGUGAUUGACACACCGGAUGAUGGAGCUCCAGUGGUACAUGCCGUCAAGGACUCGUCUGUGAUUUCUGACAAGCUGCAAGUUGGAGACAAGCUGGUUGCUGUGGACGAUGAAGAUGUUCGAUCAAUGACGGCCAUCAAGGUUUCGAAACUGAUCAGUCGCAAGAGUGCCAAUGCGUCGCGAAAACUGAGUAUCAUUCGGACGGUGGUGAUUGAUGAAUAA